ACAGAGGAGGACGCGAGCUCUGUAGGAGGCGGAGGCGGAGGCGGAGGCGGCGGAAGGCCGAGGGGCGGGAGCGCCGGGUCCGGGGAUCUGCAGAUCACCUUGAACAUUCCAAAUACCUACCAUUACCUGAUGCAGCUGAUAAAGUCAGGAUGGCUUUAAACUCAGGAUUACCACCAGGCGUCGGGCCUUACUACGAAAACCACGGAUACCAGCCUGAAAGCCUGUACCCACCGCAGCCCGCCGUGGCCGCCAGAGCCUUCUCGGUGUACCCGGCCCACUACUACCCACCCGCGGUACCGCACUACACCCCAAGGGUUCUGACGAGCACUUCGACACCUGCCAUCCGCACGCAGCCCAAAUCCCCAUCGGGGACACCGUGCACCUCAAAGACGAAGAAGGCGCUGUGCAUCUCCGCCGCCCUGGUGACCGUCCUCGCCGGGGCCGUGGUAGCCGCUGUCUUGCUCUGGAAGUUCACGGAGAACAAGUGUACAGUGUCGGGGAUGGAGUGCGGCUCCUCGGGGACCUGCGUCAGCGCCUCUCAUUGGUGCGAUGGGAUACUUCACUGUCCCCGCGGGGAGGACGAGAACCAGUGCGUUCGUCUCUACGGCCCAAACUUCAUCCUCCAGGUGUACUCGUUUCAGAGGAAGUCCUGGCACCCCGUGUGCCUAGACGACUGGACCGAGAGCUACGGGCGGGCAGCGUGCCAGGACAUGGGCUACCGGAAUAGUUUUUAUUCUAGCCAAGGAAUAGCAGAUGACAGCGGGGCCACCAGCUUUAUGAAACUGAACAUAAGUGCUGGCCACACCGAUCUGUAUAAGAAACUCUACCACAGUGAUGUCUGCUCUUCAAAAAACGUGGUGUCUUUACGCUGUAUAGAGUGCGGGGUCAACAGGAGGAUGGGCCGGCAGAGUCGGAUCGUGGGCGGGACGAGUGCCGCCCCGGGGGACUGGCCCUGGCAGGUCAGCCUGCAAGUCCAGGGCGUCCAUGUCUGCGGAGGCUCCAUCAUCACCCCCGAGUGGAUUGUGACAGCCGCCCACUGCGUGGAAGAGCCGCUGAACAAUCCACGGUACUGGACGGCCUUCGCAGGAAUUUUGAGACAAUAUCUCAUGACCUAUGAGCAUGGCUACCGGGUAGAAAAAGUGAUUUCUCAUCCAAAUUAUGACUCCAAGACCAAGAACAAUGACAUCGCCCUGAUGAAGUUGCAGACACCUCUGACUUUUAACGACAAAGUGAAACCUGUAUGUCUGCCCAACCCAGGCCUGAGGCUGGAGCCGAAGCAGCCCUGCUGGAUUUCCGGGUGGGGGGCCACCUACGAGAAAGGGAAAACGUCGGACGAGCUGAACGCUGUGAUGGUGCCCCUAAUUGACCCCGUGCAAUGCAACAGCAGAUACGUCUACAACAACCUCAUCACGCCAACCAUGAUCUGUGCCGGGUACCUGCAGGGGACCAUGGAUUCCUGCCAGGGUGACAGUGGUGGUCCUCUGGUCACUUUGAAGAGCAGCGUCUGGUGGUUGAUUGGGGACACGAGCUGGGGAUCCGGCUGUGCCAAGGCAAACAGACCAGGAGUGUAUGGGAACGUGACAGUAUUUACAGACUGGAUUCAUCGGCAAAUGAGGGCAAACAGCUAAUGGGUCUGGCCCAGUCCUUGACAUCGUUCCAUGAUAAAAUGAAGGGGCUGAUGUUUAAUUCCCUGUGCAUAUGUAUCUUUAGAAAUGAUUCAGAGGUCCUUUCAUUUUGAUUAAAUAGUGAACUCGUCUGACUUUGGCACUCUUCCCGGUUCUGCACAGGCCACGGUGGCUGCUCCUCGGGCCAUGCCCGCUGACCUCGAAUCUAAAAAGGGGUGCCAAGGCCGACACAGGGCAGAGGGGAUGGAGUUCGCCACUGGCAUCUUUGUCCUGAGCCCGCCCAGGGGAUGUCUGUGGAGCUGGGGGCCUCUCAGCCACUGUGGGACGGCUUGAGACAAAGCCAGGUGGGACAGCCACCUCUUGCUCCAGGGCCCUGCUACGGAGGGCCACCCGGGCUAGCCCCAGGACCUGUGCCUCCGCCAGCAUUUUUCACUGAUCAUUUUUUAAGUGCCUUCUUAGCAGCCCUGGAUGGUGGCUGGAAAUAAAGGGACCAGCCCUUAAUGGGUGAUGACUUGAUUGUCACUGGAAAGGUCAUCAGAAGCCUUUUCUUCUUCUUGGGGGCAGGGGUGGUGAGUGGACAGACAGAAAACGCGUGGAGCAAGGGCCGCCAUCGCAGGCGGUUCACUGCGGAGGUGGGCACGGCAGUUGGAUGCAGCUCUGCCCCGGGACACCAGCCUCACCCUCGCCCCCCUCCCUGGCCCGCCUCCCGGCCUCUUUGGAGAAGUGGACACACAGGAGGGCCAAGCGCUCUUCCGUGCUGACCCUCUUCCGCCUGCUAAUCACCGGAACUUGCAGUCACCUGGGGAAAUCAGGGAUGUGUGAUUCAAGGUACACUGUUUCCACGUGUUACUACCUCAGUGCUCAUGGAAUCUGGGCUGUGACGCCUCUACGUAGUUGCUACAUUUGGUUCUUUGAAACUACUGUCCUUGCCAAUUCGAGCUGCGUUCACAAGCGACUGGCUCCUAUUUUCAUGUUCUGGAAAUGAGUUUGCUGAAGAACAGCAGCGUGCUUGUGACAAAAGAGAGAAAAGUGUACUUUGGACUCCGCGUGGCCCCUUCGGGCCCCCUAGGUUCCUCUGGGCAGGGGGGUUGGGCUUGACUUGCCAAAGGGGUGGGUCAGUGCUCUGCUCCGACGACUUCUGCCGAGGUUCCGGUCCUGCGCACUGGUUUCCAAGAGUGACGCGCUCCUCCUGCUAGGACUCGGAAUGGAAGAUUCUACAGCCCCAUUCUCAGGACGCUGGGUUCCUCGGGCCUCGGGGGCAGCAGCGUCCCUGGAGGCCUUCCCACCACACAGCGCUGAGGUGCCUGCCCCCCAAGCCGGGUCUUAAUGAGCGUUGUCAUGGUGAGAAUGUGUCCCUCCGCUAAUGCGCCUUUUUAUUUAUGUGACCCCUGUUUGUCUUCUGUUUUGUAUCUCUUUUUUUUUUAACUG